AUGCUGGGCAAAGACUCCGACGGAGACUACAACGAGCUCUCUGGGUAUGCGUAUGAGGGGGUGUGGGAGAGACAUGGCGAACCGGCAAUGCGGAGGCGGAUCUGGACGGUCAAGGAUUCAGAUGCUCUGUUGAUCCUGGCUGCCCUAGGGCUUUUCAUCGCCAUCACACAGACCCGCGCUUGGGUGAUUUCUCGCUAUAUUAUCCUCAGCCGCACUCGAAUCCGGCCUGUCAGGAUCCCCGAUGAAACAUCUCCUGAACCGCUACUGCACCUUUCCCAGGGAAAAGCAGUUGCCCAGGUACUCCCGUUUGCUGCAAAUGGCGUCCGCAAAAUUGGGAGAAAGAUUACAGCAACUUUCCGAAGCAGAGACGCUCCCCACACCGACGGGUCAAGAUCGAAUGACCCUGCGAUCUCACCCUUGUUUGGCAUGGUCGCUCUGUUCAACGUGGCAAUCUUUGUCACAGUGGGCGUAGCGGUACCAUGGUUCCUCUCAUUUGGGACUGCGGAAACACCAGUAGUCAGGUCGAAGGCUACUGGCAGUUGUCUGAAGUCCGACAAAGUAUCCAACCUAUUCACUCUUGUCUCCACUACAACCAAAUCAGAUGCCAUAUUUUCACAGUGCCUUGAUCGUUUAGAUGGAGGUUGUGACACUCCAUUCUAUCUACAACCGCCUGUGGUGGUGAAGGAGCGAUUAGACUAUUGCCCGUUCCCUGAAAACAUCUGUCACAACCAGACGCGCCCUUUUCAGAUUACGCAUACCAAUGUCACGGCUCGUCAGGUCGGAGUCAAUUCGAAAUCGAAAAUCUCGUUCAACCAUCGGCUCACUUGCGCACCGGCUGACCUGACACCCUUUCUUCUCUUUACUAAAAACCCGCCACAUGAGACCUGGAUAUCUACCAGGAACUUCGAUCUGCCCGAUGGGAGAGGCUCAUGGCCCAACUUUACUUUGCCGCUGAACACCAUGAACGGCCCAAACCUGGUCUCCAACGAGAGCUCUGGACUUCGUAUGGCACAAGAGCACAGCCCAUAUGACCUGACGGUAUUACCGAGGCACUGGGCUGGUGCUGAAGGCGUCAUGUUUCACCCGGAAACUCUGCACAGAAGCAUUCAGAGAGAUGACGGAUUGGCGUACCUCAUCAUAUAUCGAGCUGGGACCACAAGUUAUUAUGGCCCCGUUGAUGACCCUUUCUUUGCUGCGCAUAACAAGGACUGGACAAAUCUCACCGACAACUACUAUGCAGACCGUGAGGCCACAGCGUUGGCUUGUUUCGAGACCUCCCAGUACUGUGUAUCUGGGACUGGGUUCUGCACUCCCUGGGGUCGAGGGUCCACGCAAGCAUACAAGGUGAUCAAAUAUCCAGGGUUGACUCUCGAUUCACUGGCUGAAGUUAUUGCCUUGUUGAGGCUUCUGCCAGACUACUUCUCGGUUUUCACAUACCUGACCGAGCUGAUUGAAUGGCAUGGCAUGAUGCCAUUGAAGCAACUCAGCGUGAAGCCGAACAUGUUCACCGCGCUCGACGACAACUUGGAACAGUGGAUCAUUGAGGUCGAAACCUGGUUCAGGAAAACCAUACUCAACGCUAUUCUUACAGUUCGCCACGGAGCACGUUUCCAUUUGAGCGAUUAUUCGGCUAUGUUCAAGGACCCUGGCGUGCUGGAUGAGUUCAUCGAUAAAUACUCUCUGUGCGGGAGAAUCCUCUUUCGGGAUGGAAACUACACCAAUAUCAACUGGGUCGGAUUCUGGGUGACGUUCGCAGUCCUUGGAUUCAUAUGCCUUUUGAGCUUUUGUAUCCAAGAAGCCCACGAAUACGGGAUUACAUUGUGCAAUAGAGUCGGGAAACUGCCUGUACAUCUUGCUCGAUUCUGCCAGAAAUUGAAAUUAGUAGUAAGUGCGCGUGGUGGGCGACAGGGAGAUGGAUGGUACUACCGAGUGUUGAGGUUUUUGAGAUCACAUCGACUGUUCAAUCCGACAGCGGCUGGGCGACCCAGAUCUGGCGAAGAGGAGCGAGAUCCGGACACCAACGACUCAGAACUGCAUAAUCUCGAAGCCUAG